AUGGAGGAGAACCCAGUAGAAUCUGAUGACGACGUCCAGAAGGCGCACAGGACCACACUUCUGUGGGAAAAGCGAAUUCAGCAAAGCAUUGUGGUGGACCUCAGCGAGGAUGAAAGCCUUCACCUCAGUGACCUGCAGGCUUCUUCUUUAGCUUUUCAUCUCACGCAGGAGAAGUGUGCAAGGUCAGAGGCCAGUGUCCAUCUCAAUGAAAGUGCUGAGCGAUCAGUUGUGGAUGAUACCUACUCAGGUUUCAGUGUUGUCAGGAGUGAGAACAUCCACUCAAACUUGCAAAGACACAACACCAUGCAAGAUGAGGAGACUAUGCACCAGGAGUAUGAAGACCCGGGGCAGAAUACCAGCGAUGAGGAUCAGGAGGACCUGCCAUAUGACGGAGAGCUGGGCAGUCCUUACUUCACCCGUAUGGUAAACGUGAUAUCUGAUGAAGGAAAAACUGUGCUUCAGUCACCUGAAAAUGUGGAGAAACAAGCAACUUUACCGCAAGAGGUUGCCAGUGAGGGAGCACCAACACACACCCGCCCUGCAGUUGACCUCAACCAGCUGUUGCUGCGCCAUUUGGUCCGGGAGGAUUUGCUGCCGAUCGAAGCGGAGACUCUACCAGAGGUGUCCCUGCUGGAGAGCGUAGAUGACCUUCUCUGCAGCGCCUCAACAUGCGUCAACACUGCGGCGCUGAGCAGUAUCUCUGAGAGAGAGAAGCUUUUAGAGGAGACGUAUCCUGACACCACCAGUCCUGACUGCAAAGUGUGUGAUGUUCUCACCAGGGAUGUCUCUCAUUUGCGCAGAAGGUCCUUCGGCGACAUCAAGUACGGCCAGGGUCAAGUCCAUUACCCGCUCCCUGACUUCUCCAAAGUAGCUCCUAAGGUGAAAAUCCCAAAGGCUUCCACUUGUGUUCCUCAAGUCCCCAGUCCUAUGAUCAGGACCCAGUCCUCCCCGGAGAUGUUAGAUGUGAUCAGCAGAGUCCUGGAGGAUUCAGGCCAGCCAUCAGAGAAUCCUCAACUCUUUAAAGACACACAUCAGCAGACUGGUCCUGCACCGGGGCAUCACCUGCAGGCUGAUUAUGAUAAAUUACUGGCCAAAUAUGGCCAGGCUGAAAAUCUCAUAGACAGAAUGAGGCUGGGAAGCAAACCCUCUUCAGACAUUUGCAUUGAGAAUGAGGAGAGCGAUACAGCAAACCUAAAGGAAGGAAGCCAUGUUGGACCUGUAGCGUCUCACAUUCCAACACCAGUUGAAAAUCAGGUGAUUACGUCCGAUGAGGCCAGUGAUGCUGAAAAAAUGGCCGCUGAGCUGAGAGACAUUAUCAGCCAGUUCAUGCAGACGGUGGAUGACUUCAAGCAGAGAGUGAGCAACAGGUCGCUCUGCACAAAAGAGCAGCAAACGAUGUUGAGGAGCUUGACGGAUGCCCAAGACCAGUUGGAAAGAAAAUACAUGAGCAAGAAGGAGGAGCACAGAUCUCUGGAGAUGCAGAAUAAUCUGGGCCUGAGCAGAAAUAUUGGAUCCUUCGACCCAAACAGGCUGGUCGAGGGAGAUAUUUUCAGGGUGGGCAUGUACCUCGAGGACAUAAAGGAAAUGAUCGACAAAAACAUGUGCGAGCAGAUCAUCCCUCCCCUCUUAUUAUCUACUCCAAAGGCAGUGACCAUGACGACCACGCCUCCAUCGCCACUACAUGAGGCAGAGCUUUCUGUUUUCCCUGUGGAAGGGCACCCAGAAGCUGAAGGUGAAGCUGAGAGAAAAGCAGGGCUAGGUAGCAGUCAGCAAUGGACACCUGGAAGUGUUCACAGUGAUGGACUUAGUGCCUCAGACAGCGAAGGCUCCUCCCUUAACCUGCAGACAACCAUCCAUCCAUCAGAUGCGAACAGCUGGCAGCGGACUAGCGUCAAUUCACCGGUCCGAACAGAUGCGGUGGAUCUAUGGGUGCAAAGUACCACUAAAGACUCAGUCAAACUGCUGGGCUCUGAUACAAGUCAUCACUACGCCUCUGAAGCUAUGAAUGGAGAACCGAACAAACAGCACCAGUGCUCCUGUGAUGGUGUGGUUAUCCAAGCUUUGCAGGAAGAUGUAAGAGAGCUGAAGAAGAAUCUAGAAGGUCUGGCACAGAAGAUGGAUUACCUGGCCUUUAAAUACAGGCAGGAGCGUAGGUCCAAUUCUAAACCAAGGACCUACCAGAAGCUGUCUAGAUGGCAGCAAACGAGUCAGUUAAGACGGGAAGACUGGAUUUCAACAGAUAUGGACCCAAGCAACAGCAAAGGAACGGACAGUAGUUGCACAUCCCGCUCUGAGAUGACGCUGCGCUUAUACUAUCCACCUGCGGGAGGCGAUAGAGUCAAUUCAGUUUCAGGACAAUUGCAGGAGAAGCUGCAAACCAAUGAUGGAGUAUCAGAUGGAAGCACCUUUGGUCUUAUGGAAUCUUGUUCGAAGAGAGAAAGAGACAAUCCUUCCAAACAGAGGACACAGAAGGCCAACUUGGAAAGAUGGUCUCCGUCCACCCAAAGAGCAUUUCUCCAGGUCGGCAAUGCUUCCUCCUGCAGUCUACCUGCCAGCUACAAAGUGACGGAACCUCCGGUUUAUUCCUUGUCUCGACCCCGGAAGCGUUCCACCCAGUCGGACACGGCCCUCCUACCCAGCAAUAUGUACUUUCAGCAGACACUGUCAAGGCCUGACAACAGACAAACCGGAAGAAAGGAGGGCAUCAACGCCACUUUGUGCCACGCUCUCGAGGAAGCUCGCAACCUGAAUAAGAAAGCAGACCACAUGUUCAGGAGACUAACAGAAGACCUGGUCCAAGUUCAACUCUUGUCGCAGGAGUGUGUGCAACAUUCAGCCAGUAGGAGGCAGGACACGACUCAUCACGGAAAACAGAGCAGCUGGACCAGCAGAAACUAGUCUUCUGAGAAGCUGCGUAAUUGUAACUUAUUUAAUGACGAGUAUUCAUAGCUGUUCUGCUUUCUAAUAAAAAUAACUAAACCAGUUAAUAUACAU